AUGUUAAUCCGCCGUCCUCCGUCCUCCGUCUCCCAGCUUCCGCUCCCUCCGCCUGCUAGCGUGGGAGCGGCUCGCAGACAGGGCAACAGGUCACGGCCGAAGGGGGGAUCUCAGGGCAAACUCCUUGAUCCUGAUAACCUGCGCCCGGUCCCACCCCCCGAGCCCGCAUCUCCCCCCGCCUUCGAACCUGCGACCGAUCCCACCCCGAACUCGCAUCUGCCCCCGCCUUCGAACCUGCGACGGAUCCAACCCCGACCCCGCAUCUGCCCCCGCCUUCGAACCUGCGACCGAUCCAACCCCGACCCCGCAUCUGCCCCCGCCUUCGAACCUGCGCCCGGUCCCACCCCCGACCCCGCAGCUGCCCCCGCCUUCGAACCUGCGACCGAUCCCACACCGACCCCGCAUCUGCCCCCGCCUUCGAACCUGCGCCCGAACCUGCGCCCGGUCCCAACCCCCGACCCUGCAUCUAACCCGCCUUCGAACCUGCGCCCGGUCCCACCCCCCGACCCCGCAUCCGCCCCCGCCUUCGAACCUGCGACCGAUCCAACCCCGACCCCGCAUUUGCCCCCGCCUUCGAACCUGCGACCGAUCCCACCCCGACCCCGCAUCAGCCCCCGCUUUCGAACCAGUGACCGAUCCCACCCCGACCCCGCAUCAGCCCCCGCCUUCGAACCUGCGCCCGGUCCCACCCCCGACCCCGCAGCUGCCCCCGCCUUCGAACCUGCGACCGAUCCCACCCCGACCCCGCAUCAGCCCCCGCUUUCGAACCUGCGACCGAUACCACCCCGUUCCCACAUCAGCCCCCGCCUUAGAACCUGCGCCCGGUCCCACCCCCCGACCCCGUAUCUGCCCCCACCCUUGAACCUGCGCCCGGUCCCACCCCCCGACCCCGCAUCCGCCCCCGCCUUCGAACCUGUGACCGAUCCAACCCCGACCCCGCAUCAGCCCCCGCUUUCGAACCUGCGACCGAUACCACCCCGUUCCCACAUCAGCCCCCGCUUUCGAACCUGCGACGGAUCCCACCCCGACCCCGCAUCAGCCCCCGCUUUCGAACCUGCGACCGAUCCCACCCCCGACCCCGCAUCUGCCCCCGCCUUGGAACCUGCGCCCGGUCCCACCCCCGACCCCGCAGCUGCCCCCGCCUUCAAACCUGCGCCCAACCUCGCAUCUGCCCCCGCCUUCGAACCUCCCCGACCCGAAUCUGCCCCUGCCUUCGAACCUGCGCCCGGUCCUACCCCCGAUCCCGGAGCUGCACCUUCCUUCGAACCUGUGCCCGACCUCGCAUCUGCCCCCGCCUUCGAACCUGUGUCCGGUCCCACCCCCGACCCCGCAUCUGCCCCCGCCUUCGAACCUACGCCCGGUCCCACCCCCGACCCCCCAUCUGCCGCCGCUUUCGAACCUGCGCCUGGUCCCACCCCCGACCCCGCAUCUGCCCCCGCCUUCGAACCUGCGAUUGAUCUCACCCCUGACCCUGCAUCUGCCCCCGCCUUCGAACCUGCGACCGAUCCCACCCUGACUCCGCAUCUGCCCCCGCCUUUGAACCUGCUCCCAGUCCCACCCCCGAUCCCGGAGCUGCACCCGCCUUCGAACCUGCGUCCGACCUCGCAUCUGCCCCCGCCUUCGAACCUGUGA